GUAUUACUACUUUGGUUUGAGACUUUGAGUCUUGAAAUUUAUCAUGAUAUUGUUAAGCUUCUGACAAUGACAUCCAACUCAAAAGUACACUUACUACCGACAGUAUUUCAGUACUACGUUAAUGUUUUUUUUUUUUUUUUUUUACUUACAGUACUACUGUACGUUAAUGUUUGCCUGCCUUCUGGCAGUGAUUCUCCCUCAAAAGUACACUUUUGUCGUUUUAUGUUUUGAAUUUGAUACCGAAAUGAUAUUUCCUUCAACUAACACAGUCUUCCAAACUUAGUACAACAUGAUGAGUAUCACCACUUCAACAUUCUCUUACAUUCCUUUAAAUCAAUUGCUCAACUCUGCUAAAACCAUUGCUCAUCUUAAACAAACUCAUGCACUCUUUCUCAAACUCCUCCCUCAAAAACCACCUCAUCACUUUUUCGAUAGUCUGCUACUCCGGGUUCUUCAGUUUAGCUCUGAAAAAUCCAAUCUUUGCUAUGCCCACAAACUGUUUGAUACAAUGCCAAACUGCUCCAAUUGCUUCAUAUGGACUUCUCUCAUUCGAGCAUUCCUUUCCCAUCGCACCCAUUUUCGCCAUUGUAUUUCCACCUACGCUAGAAUGCACCAAAGUGGGAUUUUGCCAUCUGGGUUCACAUUCUCCUCAGUUCUCAAUGCGUGCGGGCGUGUCCCUGCUGUGGUUGAAGGGCAACAAGUGCAUGCAAGAGUGAUGCAGUCGGGGUUUAUUGGAAACAAGAUUGUGCAAACUGCACUACUUGACAUGUAUGCAAAAUGUGGCUAUGUGUGUGAUGCGCGUGACGUGUUUGAUGGAAUGGUUGAGAGAGAUGUUGUUGCCUGGACGGCUAUGAUUUGUGGAUAUGCCAAGGUGGGGAGGAUGGUUGAUGCACGGUUGCUGUUUGAUAACAUGGGGGAAAGGAAUUCUUUUACUUGGACCACUAUGGUCGCCGGGUAUGCAAACUGUGGAGACAUGAAAGCUGCCGAGGAAUUGUAUGAUGUCAUGAGUGGCAAGAAUGAGGUCACAUGGGUUGCAAUGAUAGCCGGGUAUGGGAAGUUAGGGAACGUGAGUGAAGCCAAAAGGAUAUUUGGUGAAAUAUCAGUGUCACGGGAUCCAUCAACUUGUGCUGCAAUGCUGGCUUGUUAUGCCCAAAAUGGAUAUGCAAAGGAAGCUAUUGAGAUGUAUGAGAAAAUGAGACAAGCAAAGGUUAAAAUCACUGAGGUGGCAAUGGUGGGUGCUAUAUCAGCUUGUGCUCAACUUAGGGACAUUAGACUGUCUAACUCAUUAACAUGUGAUAUCGAGGAGGGUUUUUGUCAAAGGACACAUAUUGUUUCCAAUGCAUUGAUCCACAUGCACUCCAAGUGUGGAAAUAUAGAUUUAGCAAGGAGGGAGUUCAGUAUAAUGAGAAGCAGAGAUUUGUAUACUUAUAGUGCAAUGAUUGCAGCUUUUGCUGAACAUGGGAAAUCAGAAGAUGCUAUAGAUAUUUUCUUAAAGAUGCAGCAGGAAGGUUUAAAGCCAAACCAAGUUACAUUCGUUAGUGUCCUCAAUGCAUGUAGUGCUUCAGGUCUAAUUGAAGAAGGUUGUAAAUUUUUUCAGAUUAUGACUGGGGUGUAUGAUAUUGUGCCUUUACCUGAACACUAUACUUGCAUAGUUGAUCUCCUUGGCAGGGCCGGGGAAUUGGAAAGAGCAUACAGUCUCAUAAAGGAGAAUUCAGCUAGUGCUGAUGCAACAACUUGGGGUUCUUUAUUAGCAGCUUGCCGGAUUUAUGGCAAUGUGGAAUUGGGCGAGACUGCUGCCAGACAUCUAUUUGAGAUUGACCCUACGGAUUCUGGAAAUUAUGUUCUUCUAGCAAACACCUAUGCAUCAAAGGAUAAAUGGGAGCACACAGAAGAAGUUAAGAAGUUGAUGUGUAAAAAGGGAAUGAAAAAACCUCUGGGAUAUAGUUGGUUACAAAGAGAGACCCAAGGAAAGUAUAAAAAAGAAUCACACUGCUUGUUAGUUUCAGCAAGUUAGAUAUCUUUUAUGUUUUCCUGGCAACCUUCUGAACCGAUGAGCAUUGCACAUAAUCUGUUGUUGCUUGUAUGUUCAAUUUUUUAAGUUAUUGCAACACGGCUUUUGAGUUACAAGCUUUGUUUUCUGGACCAUCAUACCAUGAAGCCAUGAAGAAAGGCUGUGAAUCAAUCUGGUGAUAGGAACCAGCUUCAUGCUACUGUUUUGGAAUUGUAUUGUGCUAACGAAGCAGAAAAUAAAUAUUCUACUGUGCAGAAAUGAGGAUAUACUGAGGGUGAGGAUGGGAAUAAGGGCUUACAAAAUUUUCUGACAAAGCCUCUCUGCCAGGGUACACCGUGAGAUAUCCCGAACACAAGUGAAUACUGUAUUCUUGAUUACUUGAAACUAUCUGAGUGUUGAACCUUGGCAGAAUUGCACGUGGAAGGCUAGACUGUUUGCAUUGUCAGAGUGGAGCCUAGAUCCCCUACAUCAUCCAGCAUUGUGCAGCAAAUUUUUCAUGUGUCAAAAAGUGUUACCUCGCUUUGCUGCACCGUUACAUCUGGGGAGAGGAUCCACACCCUCUAGAGUGUUUGCAUUGUAAGGUCUGGUGCAGAUUUUGACAUCAUCUCAGCAUGUAGCAGCUUUGAAUCUUUUUCUGAAGGAUGCCCUUUGCGGAUGCUCUGUGCCAAACCAAGUGAGAAACUAGUCAUUAAUCAAAUUAACAUGUUAACUUGGCCUAUCUUAAUUUAAUAGGUCGUGCUAACAAGUGCCUUAUAAAGACAUUGUUAAAGGAAUCAAUAAAAGUAAAUUUUGUCCCGUAAAUACAAGUCAAAACGCUUGUCAAGGUAAUAAAUACAUAAUUUUUUAUACAAAAGAUAUCUCCCUUAAUUCUCUGAGCAAUGUCUUAAGGACACUCGUUAGCAUUAUCUUCAUCCAAUUCAUUUUCCUUUUGUCAGAAUGCUUUGUGUGACAUGAAUAACUUUAAUCAUUUUUCUAAUUCUCUUGCUUUCUUAUUUACCAAAUUAUUAGUUUAAUGCAGUGUUUUUUCUUUCAAGAAUGACACAUAUUUAAUAAUGCAACUGGCUUUAGAAUGAUUCCAUUCACAUAUGGCCUAUUGAGCCGGCAACCAAGAAACAUCAUCGUCUUUUGACCAUGCCUUGUUAAUUUCCAUAUUAUUAUAUUACUAUAUUAUAACUCCUUUUUCAAUUUAUAUGUUUUUUAAUAUUGCAUGAUCGAGUCUUUUGGUAGUUGGUAUUAUCUUAAAAUCAACAACUUGGAAGAAAUAUGUAAAAAAAUGGCAAGUAGUUGUUAGCCAUCCAUCAUGAAAUGAGUUGGCAUGCGCCGUCUCUUUCUUGUUUGGUUUACGAACUCUCAUAACAUACUGUGAACCUUAAUGAUUAAAUAUACAAUCAAAUACAAUUGGUUUGGAACAAAGGAAUAUAUAGUUUGAAGAUAAUUGUAUGCCAGAGAAGAAAAUAAUAUGAAAGUUUCUCUUCUCGCGCAGAGGAAUAUAUAGUUUGAAGUUUUCUGUGUUUUUUGGGGUAGAAAAGAAACGUGGGGGUGGGAAGAGAAACUAUCAAAUAAUAUUGACCAGUCCAAUUGAAGAUGGUUCGAUGUGUACCUAAACGUAUCUUCCUACAGAGGAUUUGAGCUGUAUGCUUCAACGUCUAACACUAACUUUUUAUUAGUCUUUAUAAUUAACCUCUAAUUGGCAUCAAAAUAUAAUGUUUUAAAAAUUGAAGUAAUUAGAUAAUGAAUUGGUUUUGUUUGAACUUUUCUUGCUUUGUUGUUUGAUUCAAUUUCAGUUGAUUCACACAUUUAGUUGGUCAAACAAAUCAAAUUAGUAUAACUGAAGAUGAUGUAGUUUGAUAUCUGAUUUAAUCUUUUUUUAAAAUUAGUCUAAAUUCAAGGAAUAAAAUUUAAUUUGUAGUUGCUUUUGGAAGUAUUUGUCACUUUGUCACUUUGUCAGUAUCAAAUCUCAUGGUAAAUAAAAAAUCACUGUCUUUUGUUUUGCCACAAGCCUAAGAAAGGUGUUGCUCCCAAAUAACGUUACUAUAAUGAUAUUUGAAACUCCAAGGAAUGUAGAAAGAGUAAGAUAUAAAUCAAAAAAUAAAUUAAUAAAUACAAAUCUGAAGAAAUAUAAAGUGAUAGAUUAAAUACAGUGUAUAUAGCUCACACACAAAAGCACACCCCUAAAAGUAAAUAUCCUGUGAAAGAAUUACCUCAAAAGCCAAAACUGAGACUCUUAAGAAGAAGCUGGAGUAUCCAAAAUAUACAAAGGGGUCUAAAAGUAAUAAAGAGACACAAAAAUAACAGAAAAGAAAAUCCAAUAUAAUUUUU